AUGCACGUGGAUUCUAUGAAGAGAGCUCGUGUAAGCGCGGUGUAUGAAGGUAAAGAGAGAAAUAGAUCAAGCAACGGAGAGGAAACUCGAAGGGAACAGUCUAAACACGCGAGAAUGACGGCAAAAGCUCGGAUGAACGUUUACAAAGAGAGCAUGAAACCUCUGCCGCCUAAACGUAAGAAAUCGUUGAUGAUCAUAAGUUUGAUGAGAAAGAAGGAAGAUACGCAAGAUGAUCAAAAUAAUGUUACUGUUGUCGAAAAGGAAAAGGAGGAGAAAGAGAAAGGCACGGUGCAGAACAUCAGGGAAAAUGCGGAAAUGCUCUCAUCAAAAUGUGUUGAGGAGUGGCCGCACAUGUUAACAUAUGAAGAGGAAUGGACGUGGUUUGCGUUUGCGUUUGGGUGGGGAUGGUGGCAGCGUUAUGACGCGGUGAUGAGCGGUAAGAGUUGGUUUAACUAAAUAUUAAAGAUUAAGGUGUUUGUUACAAAUCAUUUUGGGUUGGUGAAACUAUAUACAUAGAUGAUAGUUGAUACUUGAUAGGAUUUCUUAAGAUAAAAGAAGAUAUUGAGAAAUCAGUGUAUGUAUAUCGACC